CUUGGGUGAAGAAGUUACCUGAAAAGUAGCUUCUUAGUAUAUGACAAAUCGACAAACUUAGUAAGUGAUUAAUGUAUAGUUUCAAGUACAUGUAAAUAUAUAUCAUCAGAAGUAAUUCUCUUCGGCAGUAGACUUUUGCUAAUUCUUGUAGGAGACUAGUAGCGUCUGACUCUUACCUUCAUUGCUGCCUUCGUUUUGUAUAAAUGUGAUGUAGUAUUGUUUCUGAGUCAUCCGGUAUCAGUUGUUUUCUGCAUUAUUUAUUCUGAUACUUUAUGCCCCAGUACAAAUGUGAUUUAAAUUGCUUGUGCUGUAUGGGUAAUGUCUUUAGUUUGUCCAAAUUUCUUGAUGUAAUGUGCCAGCCAAAUUGUGAAAUACAAGACUCAGAUGUUCUUUUGAUUGGUGUUCUCUUGAUAAAGUUAGUAAUUCAUGUACAGUUGCAAUUGCCCGGUAAAUGCAGUAUUGAAAGCAAUACUCCUCAUUUCAUGAGACCUGCCUGCAAAUAAUCCUUGCCUGACUCUUAACUUGAUUUCUGCCCUUGUUUUGUAUAAAUGUGUAGUGGUGUUGUUUCUGAGCCUUUCAGUAUCAAUCAGUCGUGUUCUUGCAUAAUUUCUCCAUAUACUUCAUUCCCUAAUAAUAAUAUUGCUCUUGUUUGUCCAAGUUUCUCAACGUAAUAAUUUGUGAGUCAAAAAUUGUGCCAUAAAUAUCUUCCAGAUGUUCUAUUGAUUCAACUGCUUCUUUGCAUGGUUAUUCAUAAUUAGGAGAAAUCCUUUCAUGGCACAUGAUGAUGAUGAUGUAUCAUCUCGUUUGGAUUUUGGUUUUGCUAUCGAUUUAUCACUCUAGAUUUUUGGAGGGUUUGUUUUACUUGUUUCCACGAUGCGAAAGUUACCAGCAAUUGUUAUUCACUUUGAUAUUAUUGUUUGAUUGCUGGUAUUCAACAUAAAAAUGUUUUAGUAUGAGAAACAUUACAGACUUAAAUGCAUAAUAGCAUACAAGCUUGAAAAGGGUGGCACUGCACACGACCCUUUUUUAGGAUAACAUUUGUUUACCACAUAGCCAAUCUGUUAUAUACCCAACAAACCCUUAUCUUUUGUGUUAUUGGCUUUGCAUUACGCGAACGAGCGUGGCUUUAACUAAGGGUAAAAGAGGAAGAAGACGAAGAAUAAGUAGCUGCAGCGGCGAUGGGGGCGGGAGGACUGGCCUUUUAGGCUGGUGUCCCAUUCCUCGCUGCGCCUUCUCCUUUUUCCACCCACCCCCCUUUCCCCUCUCUCGCUGUCCGAAGAAGAAAGGUGGAGCGGCAGCUUAUUUCUCUUCACCAUGAUCUCCGUCCAAGAUCAACCGGUGGCAGGAUCCUCUCCGGAGCUGCAACGAUCGCUUCACGAGAUCCUCGGCGGUGGAAUCCAUGCUUUCUCCCGUAGAAAUCCGACACUGAUUUGGUUUAUCUUGAAUGGAUCCGGCGUUACUGUACACUGUAUGGGACAAUCGUACCUUCUUCGUUCUUCUGUGGGAAUCGAUCGGAACCCUAAGCGUAAUUAUAAGGUGUCUGAUGCAGCACCCGUUUGUCGGUCUCCAUUUAAUAUCAGAACUGUGUUUGACAGUUGCGGAUGUGAUCCUUUGGAGGAGAAAGAAUGUAACGAUAGCGAUACUGCUUGGUGCACUGGCUUCUUGGCUGGUUUUUGAAGUGGUGGGAUAUACGCUAUUGUCUCUUGUUUCAAACGUUCUGCUGCUGCUGAUUUCCAUCCUCUUUCUGUGGGCAAAGGCUGCAGAAGUCCUUAACAGGCCUCCUCCGCCCAUGCCAGAGAUGCACCUCUCAGAAGAAAUGAUAUAUGAAGCUGCAGUUUUGUUCCGAUUCCAUGUGAACAAGGUCCUAUCUGCUUUCAAUGAUAUUGUACAGGGAAAGGACCCAAAACUUUUCUAUACAGUAGCUCUGUGUCUAUGGCUGAUCUCCAUGGUUGGUGGGUUGACUGAUAUGCUCACUUUGGGUUACACAAGUAUUGCAAUCAUCCUAACAGUCCCGGCACUGUAUGAGAAGUAUGAAGACGGCCUGGACCAAUGUGUGAAGUUGGCUCACAUGCAAGUGAAGAUGUACGAGGCAGUAUACACCGAGUGUCUUAACAAAUACUUUAUAAAAGCUAAGAAGUGGAUUUUGGAAAAGAAAAAAUUAAUUACUGAUGUAUGACUAUGCCAUGGAACAUCUUUCGGUUUUCCUCCUUUUAUCAUCAUUAUCAGAACAGAGUUUUUGGAGUGGUCUGUCUGUAGCAUCAGAAACAUUUGUGCAGUUCUUUCAAUUUCUUGGCAAUUCUUAGGAAGGAUUUCAGUGGAUUUCA